AUGAACAGCUUGUACGGCAACGAAGAUCCGUUUGAAAACGGAUGGGCGUCUGAAGGCAACCCGCCUUCUGCUCCUGGCUAUGGAACACAAUCGGCAUUUCUCACAUCGCUGCAGUUGCUUGACCACUCGUCAUCGGCGCCGGCAGAAACCCCGGCCGAGGCUAUUCCGGCGCAGUACAAGAGUGUUUUUGCCAAUUUGAGGCGGCUCUUGGUUCUGGAAUCCGAUCUCCAGACACACUUGCUUGGGCCGCUAGUCGCCGAAGGGCUUCUCACGUCGUACCAAUGCACUCGGAUCAUCCAGGUGGUGCAAGACCACAAUUUGCAGCCGCUCACGGCGGAAAACAACUUCGUCCAGGUUUUGGGGCUUGUGGCGCUAGAACUCGAAAACGCCGGCACGGGCGAUUACGUGACGCUCCAGUACCGCAAGAACACGGCGCUUCCUGAGUUGCCAGCGGCAGCUGUGGCUGCUUUGGCUGCCGAAAGUGCAAAUCCCGAAUCGGCUCUGACCCCCAUUUCGGAAGGCUUCCCGGACCCAUUGUCUGCGUCCGUAGGCAACAGCGAUGGCCAGACGUGGCCCGAGGAGACAGACGCGCUUUUGGCCGACCAGUCGGCUCUUCUGAUCGAUACGGUCGGGCCGGAAGCACCUCCUGACUCGGCAUACAUAUCGAAGUACUUGGGCGAGAUGCGUGACCGGUUCAAGCCGUUGGUUGGAGCGGGCGACGCCGUGAAAAUCAAGGAGGUUCCAGAAAAGGAAGGACUACUUUUCAAGCACAUUAAUUACGCAAUCACCCACGAGCUUCAUUUGGGCUUGCAUGGACCAUCUGGACCCAAGAAGGUUGUGCGGCGGUACUCGGACUUUGUGUGGCUUCUUGAGUUUCUUUUGCAAAAGUACCCGUUCCGGGUCAUUCCAGGGCUUCCGCCCAAAAAAUUCACUGGUAUGUGUUACUGA